AAGAAACUUUUUUAAAAAAUAUAUAUAAAAAAAAAAAAAAAAAAAACUCUCAUCUUUCUCUAUAUAACAUUUCAUCUCCUUCUCCUCUUUCUUUUGCAUUUUUUCGCUCUCAUUUCUCAACACAUCACAUGCUGUGAAAAUUCUUUCUCAUGCCGAUUCUUUCACACCUCACUAAGUUGCGUUGGUGAGUGAGAGAAGAAGAGGAAGAGAAAAAAAUUUAAGAGAUCGGCAAAAGAUGUCAUCAUCAUCAAAUUCUCCGUGUGCGGCGUGCAAGUUUCUCCGGCGAAAAUGCACACAAGAGUGUGUGUUUGCACCGUAUUUUCCACCGGACAAUCCUCAAAGAUUUGCAUACGUACACAAAGUUUUCGGUGCGAGUAACGUGGCAAAGCUGUUAAACGAACUUAAUGCGACUCAGCGUGAUGACGCUGUAAAAUCGUUGGCUUAUGAGGCCGAGGCGCGGCUUAGAGACCCGGUUUAUGGCUGUGUUGGUCUUAUUUCACUUCUUCAGCAUAAGCUAAGAGCAAUUCAAGGUGAACUUAACAAUGCUAAAAAGGAACUUGCUACUUAUAUUGGUCCUCAAGCGCUUCAAAGUAUUCCAACAACCAUGCUUCAGCAACAGCAGCAGCAUAAUAACCCUUUUGGUGGUAAUUCGCUUUACCCUUAUAAUGGUAACGUUCCGGCCGUGACCGCGGCUAAUCAGAUGGUGAUUCGUGAUCCGCAACCGCCACUGCAGCAGCAGAUCUUGGACCCUCAUCAAUUGGCUGUUGCUGUUGCUGCUAGAGAGCAACAGGACAUUUUUAGGACUUUUGAAAAUCAACAGCAACAGCAGGAAUUUUUGAGGUUUAGUGGUGGGUUUGAUGUGGAUUCUGUUUCUAAUUCUGCUGGUGGGUUCACACCAGUUUCUGCUGGUACUGGUGUUGGUGGUGGUGUUGUUGCUUCUGAUCAAUUGUCUCCUUCUUUGGCUUUGGGAUCUUUUGAUAAUACUUAUCACCACAUGCAACAAUCACAACAAGGACAAGGACAAGGAGAAUCUCAUCCUCAUCAUCAGCAGCAUCAUAAUCAUCAUCUUCCACUUCAGGCUCAGUUAUUGCUUCCUCCUCAGCAGAAACAAGCACAGCCACAAACUCAACAUUCACCAUUGAUCCAUCAUCACCAACAACAGACGGAAAGCGAGGAGUGUAGGAGUGUUGGACUUGGUCCUUCUUGUUGAUUUCAAAUUUUGCACCUCUUGUUACCUCCUGCUUUUUCGUCAAACAGUUUUCAGCCUAGUUCUUAACUACCGGAUACAAAUAGAAAAAAGAAAGAAGAGAAAGGGUAAAACAUACUCCCUCCAUAUCAAAAUAUAAGAAAACUAAAUCUGAAAAAUCAAAUGUUUUUUGUCUAAAUUUUGGACUAAAUACAUUUGAUUUUAAAAAAAAUAAUAAUAUACUUAUAUUUUGUUACGGAUGGAGUAUAUGCGAGAUUCAUUUAUCCGCAUUGUUUUGCUCGCCUUGAAGGAGAACCCCAGGAACAAUUGAAAAAGUAAAGUGACUAUUGAUGAUCUUGGAGACUUUCUUAUUGAAUCUAAAGCAGUAGCUAAGUUUUUAAGUAAUUCCUUUUUUUUGGUUAAAAACUAAAUUGUAAAUCAGAAUUCAGAAAGCUUUUAAAGGCUUUAAUUAGUAGCCCCUUCUCAUAAUUUUUUUAUGAAUAGCUCCA